AUGGACGUCGCAGCGCUGCGGGAGCGUGUCAAGAACACGCUGGACGCCAAUGCCGCCAUCCGCCAGCAAGCCGAGCUUGACCUCAAACACGCCGAAGAACAGCCCGGUUUCACAGACGCGCUGCUCAACGUGCUAGAGAACGAGCAGGAGGCCGCCAUCCGCCUGUCCACUUCCAUCUACCUCAAGAACCGCGUGUCGAAGGGCUGGUCUCCCGCCGAGGAGUUCAGUCAGGCGAAGCCCAUCCCCGAGGACGAGAAGCAGUCGUUCAAGAGCCGCCUCGUGCCCGUCCUCGUCGCCUCGCAGCCGAACGUGCGAGCCCAGCUCAUCCCUACGCUCCAGAAGGUCUUAGCCUACGACUUCCCCCAGAAGUGGCCCGACUUCCUCGACAUCACAAUCCAGCUGCUGAAUGCAGGAGACGUUGCGUCAGUAUUCGCGGGCGUGCAGUGUCUGCUGGCAAUAUGCAAAAUCUACCGCUUCAAGUCGGGCGAGAACCGCGCCGAUUUCGAGAAGAUCGUGGCUCUGUCUUUCCCCCAGCUCUUGAACCUCGGCAAUGGGUUGGCCAACGAGACAAGCUUGGAAGCAGGCGAAAUAUUGCGGACAGUCUUGAAGGUAUACAAGCAUGCAAUAUAUUUUGAUCUUCCCGCAUCUCUACGCGAACAGUCCGUCAUGGUGGGCUGGUGUACCCUGUUCCUCAAUGUCAUCAGCAAGGAGCCACCGGAGUGCGCAAUGCCCGAAGACGUCGACGAGCGUGAGAUAAAUCAUUGGUGGAAGGCAAAGAAAUGGUCAUAUGCCAAUUUGAACCGCCUCUACGUCAGGUAUGGUAACCCUGGAGGCUUGACCAAGAACAACGACGUAGACUACACCGAAGUUGCCAAAUAUUUCAUCGCCAAUUUUGCGCCCGAGAUCCUUACAAGAUACUUGCAGCAAGUGGAAAAAUGGGUAAAGAAAGAGACGUGGUUAUCGAAGGCGAGCUUGUACUACACUCUCAACUUCCUGGAUGAGUGCAUCAAGCCUAAGUCUAUGUGGAAUUUGCUGAAACCGCACACGGACAACCUCAUCUCACAUUUGAUAUUCCCUGUUCUGUGCCAAACAGAUGAGGAUAUCGAGCUUUUCGAGGACGAGCCGCAGGAGUAUCUGCACCGAAAACUUAAUUUCUACGAAGAGGUCACCUCGCCCGAUGUUGCAGCCACGAACUUUUUGGUCACUCUUACAAAGAGUCGGAGAAAACAAACUUUCAGUGUUCUCAACUUCAUCAACGGAAUCGUGAACCAAUACGAGGCGGCACCUGACAAUGAGAAGAACCCACGGGAGAAGGAGGGUGCUUUGCGUAUGAUUGGAACGCUCCCUGGUGUUCUCCUUUCAAAGAAAAGCCCGAUCGCAGAUCAGGUCGAGUACUUCUUCGUUCGGCACGUCUUCCCCGAAUUCAGAAGCCCUCACGGAUUCCUGCGGGCGCGCGCAUGCGACACACUGGAGAAGUUUGAGCAACUUGAUUUCAAGGACCCUAAUAACCUCAUCAUCAUCUACCGUAAUAUUCUCGAGUCCAUGGCAGACCCUACUCUUCCCGUCCGGGUAGCUGCCGCCUUGGCACUACAGCCUCUCAUCCGUCACGACAUCAUCCGGACCAACAUGAAGCAAAACAUCCCACAAGUCAUGCAGCAGCUACUGAAGCUUGCAAAUGAGGUCGAUGUCGACGCUCUCGCUAACGUGAUGGAGGACUUCGUCGAAGUCUUCGCUCCUGAGCUCACGCCGUUCGCCGUAGCACUUAGUGAGCAGCUCCGAGAUACAUAUCUUCGCAUAGUCGGCGAAUUGCUCUCUCGGAACCAGGAGAAGGGCGACGAAAAUGAGUUUGGAGACUUUCUUGACGAGAAGAGUAUCACUGCUCUAGGUGUACUACAGACUAUUGGCACUCUCAUCCUUACAUUGGAGAGCACGCCUGAUGUUCUUCUCCAUCUAGAAACCAUACUGAUGCCUGUCAUCACUAUCACGUUGGAGAACAAGCUGUAUGAUCUGUAUAACGAGGUGUUCGAGAUCAUUGAUAGCUGCACUUUUGCCGCUAAGAGUAUCUCAGCGACCAUGUGGCAAGCAUUCGAAUUGAUUCACCGGACAUUCAAGGCUGGUGCGGAGCUUUAUCUUGAAGAUAUGCUGCCCGCGCUUGAAAACUUCGUCAACUACGGCACAGCGUCGUUGGUACAGAACCGGCAAUAUCUCGAUGCCAUAGUUGACAUGGUCCGAACUAUCUUCAAGGACGACAAGGUUGGCGGUGUCGAUCGCAUCUGCGGGUGCAAAUUGGCCGAGAUCAUCAUGCUCAACAUGCGCGGCCACGUUGAUGAAUACGUACCUGAGUUCAUUUCGCUCACCAUGAAUGUCUUGACGAAUGACGAACUCAAGGUCAAGUCGCUUAGGAUACACCUGAUGGAGGUCGUCAUCAAUGCCAUCUACUACAACCCGGUCUUGGCACUACAUGUUCUCGAGACGAAUGGCUGGACCAACAAGUUCUUUAGCUUGUGGUUCUCUACCAUCGACAGCUUCACUAGGGUACAUGACAAGAAGCUGUGCAUUUCUGGUAUCUGCGCGCUCUUGACUUUGAAGGGCCAGGACGUACCGGUCAGUGUCCAACAAGGCUGGCCCCGUCUCCUCCAGGGCAUCGUUCGCUUGUUCCAGACACUGCCCGCCGCUUUGAAGAAUCGCGAAGAGGCUAAGAAGGAGGACAACUUCGAAUACGCGAACUACGACGACGAAGAGGACGAGGAAGAGUGGGGUGACGAGAAUGAGUGGACCAACGAGCCUGAGGAGGCGGAAGAUGUCAAGGACGAGAGCGCCGCCUACCUGGAGUUCCUCAACGAAGAAGCCCAGAAGUUUACAUCUGUUACCGACGAUGACGACGAUGAGCUCGAGGAGGAGAGUCUUCUCGAGACGCCACUCGACAAGGUCGAGCCUUACAGCAUGUUCAAGCAUGCGCUCAUGAGACUCCAACAAGAACAACCCGCCCUCUACGAAAACCUCACAAAGAACCUCAAUCCUGAAGAACAGCAAGUCGUCCAAGGCGCCGUCCACCAAGCCGACGUCAUCGCCCAGGCCGCAUCCCAAGCCGCGGCAGCCGCAGCAGUUGGAGGUCAACCCAAUGGCGGUGCGCCAGUCGUGGGGCAAUAG